UCUUGAUAGCUUGGACUUCUCUACACCCGCGGAGGCCCGGCCACCUGCUCGCUCUGCCGGGAGCAGCAGCAGCUGAUGGAGAGGCAGUGACGGUGCUCUUGGCAGUCCCUCCUCAGCUACUCCCAGGGGAGACCAUGUCGAGCUUCUGAAGAGGGUUCGGCGCCUGGCUGACUUGCUGCGUGUAUCCCCUGUGCUGUAGGCUUCCAGCGUCUUCGACAGCCCGGGAAGAGACAGCGAUGGGAAAUAGCAUGCGAUCCACCCCGGCACCUCCCGAGAGGCCUGUGCCCAGCCCAGAUGGACCCGACAGCGACUUCCUGGCCGUGCUGAGUGAUUACCCAUCUCCUGACAUCAGCCCCCCCAUAUUCCGCCGAGGGGAGAAAUUACGCGUGAUUUCUGACGAAGGGGGCUGGUGGAAAGCCAUUUCCCUGAGCACUGGUCGAGAGAGUUAUAUUCCUGGAAUAUGUGUGGCCAGAGUUUACCAUGGCUGGCUGUUUGAAGGGCUGGGCAGGGACAAGGCGGAGGAGCUGCUUCUGCUGCCGGACACGAAGAUGGGCUCCUUCAUGAUCCGAGAGAGUGAGACAAAAAAAGGCUUUUAUUCCCUCUCGGUGAGACACAGGCAGGUGAAGCAUUACCGCAUCUUCCGGCUUCCGAACAACUGGUAUUACAUCUCCCCGAGGCUCACCUUCCAGUGCCUGGAGGACCUGGUGAAUCACUAUUCCGAGGUGGCUGACGGCCUCUGCUGUGUGCUGACCACACCAUGCCUCACUCAGAGCACGGCCGCCCCGGCAGUGAGGGCCCCCGACUCGCCCGUCACCUUGCGCCAGAAGGCCUUUGACUGGAAGAGGGUGCCCAGACUACAAGAGGACUCCGAGGGGGCCAGGAACUCACUUGGCGUUGAUGAGUCCCUUUUCAGCUAUGGCCUUCGGGAAAGCAUUGCUUCCUACCUGUCCCUGACCAGCGACGACAGCACCUCCUUUGACCGAAAGAAGAAAAGCAUGUCCUUGAUAUACAGCGGGAGCAAGAGAAAGAGCGCUUUCUUCUCCUCGCCACCGUAUUUUGAAGACUAGCCUGAGAACAGACACCAUGGCAUGGGCCCCAAAUAACGGGCUUGAACCGUCACCUGGGAUCUGGCACAGACGCCUAGGUCCCCGGUCCCUGGGGACCCGCACAUCUCCCGGAAGCCAAGAGAAGUCACCUGGAGACUCGAACUCACAUCUUCUCUAGCCACAGCACGGCAAAGGGAACCCCUCGCCGGUGUCUCCUCAGUACUGAGACAGCGCAGAAGGCUGAAUGGGGAUGUGACCCGGCAGCGCUUCAGAAGUGCCCGCACAUUCACGGGUGCUCACUGUGUUUGUGGGAAGGAUAAAGACAUUAGCUCACAAGAAGGGCCACAAGACUGUUCUCCAAACAAACUGUCCAGAGGGUUGCACUCUGAGCUCCUCAGAGAAAACUUCUCGAUGAGAGAAGCCUGAGGAGAUGAGCUGAGAGCCGGGGCCCGGCCAGUCUUGGGUUUACAAGAUGGGCUCCUGCAGUCAACCGUCCUAAGCCAGCCAUCACCAGACCUCUGUACACAUCUCCCCUCUUUUUAAGGGAACUCAGUGACACUAAACGUUAAGCUUCCCUAUUAUCCCUGAAGCAGGAGAGCCUGUUGGCCUCCUGAUGUCAGAGCCUCACGUACAGAAGUCAGACGGCCUCCCUGCUUCUGCAGAGAGCAGGGCAGAUGGGAGAGAGGGAGGCCGCUUGCAGGGAAGUGUGAGGGUAGCCCUGGAACGGGGCAAGCUUUCCUGGUGUCCCCGGCUGAGGUUCUACAGCGCCAGAAGAGCUUCUUGGACACGCUGAGAUUCUUCCCAGUAAUAAUGCAUCAAGUAUUCACUUGUGAUUGCCUGAAGAGGUAAAGUGUUAGGUCCCAUGUCAGGAAGGAAGGAAGGAAGGAAGGAUGGAUGGAUGGAUGGAUGGAUCAGGGGAGGCACUCAGUGUAGACAGGGAAAAAAGUGUACUCACAAAUAUCGUGAAAGUGGGGUUUGAAAGGAAAUGAGCUCAUGGCUCAGGAGUGGGGGAACUGGAUCAGGUAAGGGUGUCCCAUGAGCUCAUGUCUCAGCUGGAUGUCACAGAGUAUACGUUCAGCUAGAUUGAGUAGGUAACAAUGGUCAGCUUUUUUGAAAAAAAAAAAAA